AUGAAAACCGCCCUAGUCACCCUCUACUCCUGCCUCGGGUUGGGUGUGCCCGCCCUGGCUGCCCUCAUGGAAAUCAUGUUGAGCAAUUCCACCUCGUGCCAGAUCCGUGGUGGGGAUGACAUUGCGAAUCUUGCCUGUCGGAAUACGUGUAUUGAACAGGGUGGUGGGUGGACUGGAGGGUUCUGUGAUGAUCAGCAGAUCUGUCAUUGUACGUUUGAUAUUUCUACUAGGAAGUAG